CUUUACCUCCGUGUUGGCUGAUCCUUCUCACCACAUCGCCAUCAUUUUAUCACGACCUGGAAUCCCGCCACUACUUUGAAGCGGGCGAUUUGUGUCGCGUACAUAAGCUGCACCAGGUGACAGUACUUUCAAGAUGAACGGCUUCGGCUCUCCUUAUGGCCAGCCUGUCACAGCUUGGCAGGAGCACCAUACGCCGGAUGGAAGAGCAUACUAUUACAACCCGACUACUAAAGCCACGCAAUGGACGAAGCCCGAGGAAAUGAUGAGCUCAGCUGAGCGCGCUCUCGCGAACCAGCCAUGGAAGGAAUACACUGCGGAGGGAGGCCGAAAGUAUUGGUAUAAUACUGAGACGAAACAGAGCUCCUGGGAGAUGCCCGAUGUCUACAAGACCGCCCUCGGCACAACAAGCAAGCCCGCGACCCCUGCUUCUGCAACCCCCUACACGCCUCCCGCCAGCGCAGGCGGCUACAACCAAGCACCAUACGACCAAUAUCGCGAUCAACGCGACACUUAUCCUGAGUCUCGUCAGAUCACGUAUGGAAACGACCCCAAAGUCCAGGCUUUUGUACCCGCGACGAACGAUCCCGAAUACGCCACCACUGAAGAGGCUGAGGCUGCCUUUGCUAAGCUUCUUCGACGAAGCGGAGUCCAGCCGGACUGGACUUGGGAACAAACCAUUCGAGCAACUGCGCGAGACCCGCAAUUUCGUGCCAUCAAGGAUCCUAAGGAUCGUAAGGCUGCUUUCGAUAAGUAUUGUCAGGAUGUUGUUGUCCAGGACAAGGAGCGAGCCAAGGAAAGAUUGGCUAAACUCCGCGCUGACUUCGAGACUAUGCUGAAAAGGCACCCUGAGAUCACCCAUUACACCCGUUGGAAGACCGCACGUCCGAUUAUUGAAGGCGAGACCAUCUUCCGUUCUACCAACAAUGAGAGUGAGCGUCGGCAGCUCUUUGAAGAGUACAUCAUCAGCCUGAAGAAGGCACACGCUGAGCAGCAGACGACUCUUAGGAAGAACGCUAUGGAUGGCCUCAUCGAUUUGCUUCCCAAGCUCAACUUGGAGCCAUACACUCGAUGGGCUGAUGCUCAAGGUAUCAUUUCAUCUACCCCGCCUUUCCAGAAUGACGAAAAGUACCAGGCUCUUACCAAGUUUGACAUUUUGACUGCUUUCCAAAACCAUAUGAAGGCCCUGGAGCGCAGGUUCAACGACACAAAGCAGGAGGAGAAGAACCGAAAGUUCAGAAAAGAGCGCAAGGCUCGUGACGCUUUCAAGUCCCUCCUUACUGAACUUCGCCGCAAUGGAAAAAUUAAUGCCGGAACCAAAUGGAGUCAGAUCGUUCCUCUCAUCGAGAAUGACAAUCGCUAUACCGACGCCGUAGGCCAAAGUGGCUCGACCCCUCAAGAGCUUUUCUGGGAUGUUAUUGAAGAGGAGGAACGUGGGCUGCGUGGACCGAGGAACGAUGUCUUGGAUGUUCUCGAAGACAAGCGGUUUGAUCUUACGCCUACGAGCGAUUUUGAAGAGUUCCUCUCCAUCAUGAAGGAUGAUCGACGGACUGCUAACAUUGAACCUGAUAUUCUCAAGCUCAUCUUCGAUCGACUUCGCGAAAAACGCUCUUCGAAGCGAGGAGAUGAUCGACAGUCGGAACGCCAACAACGCAGAGCUAUUGACGAUUUACGUGCUUACAUGAAGCGCAUGGAGCCCCCUAUCACCUUGAGUGAUACAUAUGACAAGGUACGAUCUCGACUUUUGAAAUCAGACGAGUUCCAGGCCGUUGCAUCCGAAGAUGCACGACGCAAUGCUUUUGACAAGCACAUUCGCCGGCUGCGAGAGAAGGAAGAUGAAGCGGAUCGAAGCUACAGGCGACGUGACCGUAUGUCUAGCGAAAGAGACAUGCAUCGCCGUGAGCGGGAACGAUCUAGAGGUGAGCGAUCUCAUCGUAGUGGUGGACGUGGUUCUCGACGAAGUCGCAGUCCGGAGCCCGAUGCCUACGAAGCGGACCGACGCAAGGCUAUCGCUGAGCGGGAGCGUAAUCACCGUAAAUCCACCAUGGCCGAGGGUCUUCUGGGUGCAGAUAGAAGCCGUUUGUCACCACCACCUCGUCGUGAGCGAGAAAGAGACCGUGAUCGCGAGCGGGAAAGAGAUUACGAUCGUCCUUCUCGCUCACGCCGUGAUGAUGACAGCUACUACGAUCGCGAAAGACGAGAUCGAGAAGAUGAACGCGAGAGACUGUAUCGCCGUCGCACCGACCGGGGAUCACACGACGAACUUAACUAUGGGGAUGAGCGUCCAUCCGGCUCUCGACGUCGUCGUCCAGACGAUGAAGACGAAUACACUCGUCAUGAUUCGCGCGAUGCUAAGAGAACUAAGAGGGAACGGUCUCGAGAGCGUACACCGCCUCGUGCUGAAGAACGUCCUCGUAAGAAAACCCCUCCACCUACAACCAAGGAUGUUCACUCCGGCAGCGAAGAGGGCGAGAUUGAGGAGGAUUAGAAACUGGAACCGUAUGUCGAAAGCUAUGGUUAAAGCAUUUGGUUGCACUCUUUCUCAGUACGUACUGGCAUUGUCAAAACCCCUGACAAGGUCCGUCCGGCGAGAUGACACAUGAGUACAGGCUUGCGGCCCCUUGUCGCCACGGCCGCCCAGUACCACAACGGUGGAGACAUGGCGAGUACAUUGCUUCCAGAAGCAGUCUUUUGACCAGUAUGUGUCUUUCCCGCUUCUUAUCUUAGUCUAGGUUUAUUGUUUGUGAAUUUGUUGAGAUAGUAGUCAAUCCUCCAGUUGGGCGUGUACAAGGAUUAGAAAUAGUAAGGAUGAUUGACCUCGUUUUAAUGUUUUAAUUCAUAGCUUUUGCUAUACGAUCCAAUGUCUGUGUAAUUGAAACUAUUUCAAGAC